AACCACACACCGAGACUGGUCUUUGGUUCCCUACUGACUGUGUCAUGAGACAGCAGUUGUGGUUUUGUUCUCUCCGGAGGCGGAAUUCUUCGUUCCGUACGGCUGAAUCAACCGUGUUUAAAAGGCCAGAAAUAACAAUGGAUAAUGUCCAACAACUUCAAGUUGCUUGACUUUCACUUUCAGACAGAUGCCGUCUGCAAAGAUCUAUUACGAUUCUGACGCGGAUCUCAAUAUCCUUAAGGAUAAGACUAUCGUCUUCCUUGGGUUUGGCAAUCAAGGAGCAGCACAAGCUCAGAACUUGCGCGAUUCUGGGCUCCCGAACGAUAAAAUUAUUAUCGCCAAUCGACAAGACCAUUACGCUGAAGAUGCGAAGUCCAAGGGAUUCAACGUAGAGCAUGACUUUUCCAAGGCUGCAGCUGCUGCCGAUGUAUUAUUCUUGCUCAUCCCUGACCAAGUUCAGCCUCGCGUGUUUAACGAACAAGCUGCUCCGCAUCUGAAGGACAACGUCACCAUUGUCAUUGCUAGCGGCUACAACGUGUUCUACAAGCUGUUGAACUUUAAGUCUACUCAAGAUGUCGUUAUGGUCGCUCCCAGGAUGAUUGGAUCCUCAGUUCGUAGUCUAUAUGUGAAGGGCAAGGGUUUCCCUUGUUUCGUAUCCGUGGAACAAGACGGAACUGGGAAUGCUUUGUCGACUGCUCUCGCUCUGUCUCGUGCCAUUGGCGCGACGAAGGCCGGCGCAAUUGCAUCAUCCGCUCGGGAGGAAACAGCAAUGGAUCUUUUUGCGGAACAGGGCCUCUGGCCAAACAUCAUCAUGCUCUUCAGGGAAGCGUUUAGUGUACUUAAAGAAGCCGGUUGCUCAGAUGAGGCGUUAUGUUAUGAGAUGUGGAUGUCUAAGGAACCUGCUGAGAUCUUUGAACGGGCUGCGGAGGAUGGCUUCAUUGCUCAGCUCAAGCACCACUCCACCGUCUCACAAUAUGGUCAGCUGAAUGGAUCUCUUAAACUCGAUGGCACGGCCAUCCGUGAACACUUCAAGGAAAUCCUCUACAAUCAGGUUCUGAAUGGCAAAUUCUGUCAAGAAUUUAGUAAGAUUGAAGCCGAUCUCGAGAAGGAGGGUGACGAGAACCCGCUCAACCAGUUGUACAAGAAAUCCGAGGAGUCUGAGCUUGGGCAAGCUGAAAAGCGGGUUAGGGCAAGGUUGGCGCAACUACUGUAGUAUAGCAGCUCUUUAGAAGUGUACGUUCAUGUCGGAACUUGUAGUACUAUACCUACUCAAUAUUUAUUCCAACUCGGGUUAGUAGAACGAAGACAGCUUGUGACGCGUGACAAAUGUUAUACGUAACUUGUGUGUGACAACAGCGUUGAGCUUCAAUUUUGCCCAGA